GCUCAAAUUUGUCCACAACCUGCGAUACCAUUAUACGCGACGGUGGCACUUUCUAACGAAAAUAUAACAGCAGGGACCGCUGCUACUUAUACGUGUGAUGAUGGCUAUCAAUUAUUUGGCCAAAGCAGCAUGACUUGUGGAGCUGAUGGUAAAUGGUCUGGUGAACUUCCGUAUUGUGCCGUUAACGUGGCUUACGGUAAACCAUCGAAUCAGUCGAGUACUUCAAGAGGAGGUGAAGCAAAUCAUGCGAAUGAUGGAGACACGACGACGUUACAUGAAAAUAAAUUCUGUAGCGAAACUAAAGUAGAAAGUUCUCCUUGGUGGCAAGUCGAUUUACUACAAUCCUAUGAAGUUAGGAUUGUUAGAAUCAUUACUAGAGGUUGUUGCGGGCAUCAACCAAUUCACGAUUUAGAAAUUCGCAUUGGCAACAGUUCAAGCGUUCAAGGAAACAGAUUAUGUGCUUGGUAUCCCGGCACAUUAGAUGAUGGAAUAAGUAAAGAUUUUUCUUGCGCUUAUCCAAUUGUUGGACGUUACGUCUACAUUCAAAUGGUUGGAAUACAGGGAUCUCUCUCCUUAUGUGAAGUUAUGGUAUUUACAACUCAAGAAUUCUCUGCUGGAAGAUGUGGAAAUCAAUUAGAACCAUUAGAAUUAACAACUUUCAACAGGACAUGUUACGAAUUUCAAGGGCAGAAAGGGGGUUCGUUUCAAGAUGCCGAAGAAUAUUGCAGAGCUCGAGGUGGAUUAUUAGUGCAUAAUGUAGAGAACCUUAUACAAAAUUUCAUUGCCGCUGAGUUGGAAAGAAGAAAAGAAAAGAUGAAAGCCAAUUUAGUAUGGCUCGGAGUUAAACGAGAUUCUGGUUUGGGCCGAAAAUCAAGAAUUUGGCAUUGGGUUAAUAAACAAGAAGUUCGAGAAUUUUUAUGGGCAGAAGAUCAGCCAAAUAAUUAUAACGGAAAGCAGAAUUGUGUAGUGUUAGACGGUGGCAGAAAAUGGCUUUGGAAUGAUGUUACGUGUGAUUUAGAUUACUUACCUUGGGUCUGUCAGUAUGUUCCAUCCAGUUGUGGAAGUCCCGACAGCAAAGAAAAUACAACAGCAAUAGGAAAAGAUUAUAGAUUGGGAAGAGAAGUUAAAUAUGCAUGUCCUGUAGGUAGUAUGUUGGUUGGUAACAAAAUCAGAAGGUGUGCCUCUAAUGGAUUUUGGACUGGGACUGCUCCAACAUGCAAACAUAUCAAUUGUAAUUCAUUAAAUAGUAUUCCACAUGGAAUAGUUAUAUACAAAGACUCCCGAACAACAUUCAAUGCUACUGCUGUUUAUGUCUGUGAUCAGAAUUUCACUUUAACUGGAAAUGAUGUUCGAUUUUGUGAAGGGAAUGGAAAAUGGAGUGGUAAAGAACCACAAUGUCUAGUGAAUUGGUGUCCUGAUCUAAAGAUUCCAGUUAAUGGAAAUAUUGAAAUCAAAGGUCUCAGAGCAAACGACACUGUUAAAUAUAGUUGUAAUAAAGGGCAUAAAUUAGUAGGAAAUGAAAACAGAACCUGUUUACUUGGAGGAAAAUGGACAGGAGAUGAUCCAGUUUGCAAAUUUCUUGACUGUGGAGAAGUGGAUCCUGUAAAGCAUGGCAAGCACCAAUUACUUGAUAAUGUUACUACAUACUUAUCAAAAGUAUCUUAUACUUGCUUUGAAAAUUACACCUUGGUCGGUGACAGUGAAAGAACCUGUCAAGAUACUGGGUUGUGGAGUGGAACAGAUCCAAAAUGUGAAAUAAUCAACUGCGGAAACCCAGAUUCGCCAUUGGGUUCCUAUUUCACAGGAGAGAUCUUUACAAUACAUUCACAAAUAGAGUAUCAUUGUGAAUCUGGACAUAAAAUGUUUGGAAAUUUUAUAAGAACAUGUUCGAAAGAUGGAAAUUGGACAGGACAACCACCAGAAUGUCGCUAUAUUGAUUGUGGUCGAGUACAACCUAUUUUGAAAGGAGAAGUUAAUUAUGUCAAUAGUACAACGUUUCUGAAUAGCAUCUUGACCUAUUCGUGUAGUAGAGGUUAUCGUUUAAUUGGAGGUAGUAGAUUAAGAACUUGUCUGGAAGAUGGUAAAUGGUCGGGAAGUGCACCUAAAUGUGAAGAGGUUCGUUGUGUUCCACCGGAAGUACCCAAAAAUGCUACUGUUAUUUACGGAGGUAAUGACCGUACUUCACUGGAAUCGUUUAAAAUUGGUGCAACAGUACAAUAUCGGUGCAUCCCUGGUCAUUUAGUAAGUGGAGAACCACUUCGUAGUUGUUUACCAUCGGGAGUCUGGAGUGGUCAACCUCCUAGUUGCAUGUAUGUAGAUUGUGGACUACCUUCACCAGUGCCACAUGGGAGAUGGUUACUACCUUCAAAUACUACAUAUUAUGGUAACCAGGUAGAAUACGAAUGCGAUAAGAAUUACGAAUUAAAGGGUCCCGGAAGAAGAUUAUGCCUGGAAAAUGCAUCUUGGAGUAAUAUUGAACCGGAGUGUCGAGAGGUGUCUUGUGGAGAACCCGAUAGAAGAGAUAAUAUGACCAUUAUUGAAGGAAAGCACUUUGUUGUGACCAGUAUAGUUACAUAUACAUGUCAAUACGGUUAUAAACUAAAAGGAAAUGGCACUCGAGUAUGCCAAAGUAAUGGAUAUUGGUCGGGCGUAGUGCCUCAUUGUGAAUUGGUGGACUGCGAUUCUCCGGGGGUGAUAUUCAAUGGACGUGGUUUCCUAGCGAAUGGCACUACAACGUACGGCAGUGUAGUCGAAUAUAAUUGUCUACCAGAAUUUCAAAUGGUAGGAAAUCCAAUUAGAAAGUGUACAGCUACGGGAGAAUGGAGUGGAAAACCUCCUAAAUGUAUAGAUAUUGUUAAAAAUGAAGAAGCUGGGAGACCUGAUGGUCAAACCAGCAACGAAGAUCUGGACAUGUCAAAAACUAUAGGAAUUGGCGUGGCUGUCGGAGCAGGAGCACUACUUAUUCUUAUUAUAGUUGUAGCUAUUGUUUGCAUGAAAACGAGGAAAGUACAAAAAGUAAAGAACACAGAAAACGUAGAGGUGAAUAGAGUAGAAGAUAAAGAUAGAGCAGCUGUCAUGUCUUAUUCAAGAUUAAGUUUAGAAACGGAUAAUAGUAAUCACACGUUAAACGGAAAUGGGGCCAUAAGAAAUAAUCCAAAUGGGCUAGUGACAUUUAGUAGUGGUGGUACUCAACCGAUCUAUGCCAACGUUACAGUUAAUGGUCAAAAUAUGAAUUCACCCCACGUUCGAAAUUCGAAUUCUGCCGGACAGAGUAAUAAUUUGUAAAUAAAAG